GCUGGAAUAUGCUGGUAUACCGUAACUAAAAGAGGAAUGUGUCGAAACGUGAAUUUCAUUAACUCAACAAGAGAUGAAUGCUGUAGAACAACCCUACCUACCAUGUCUUGGAGUCCACAUGAGUCACCAACGCGUGGAACACUGUUUUAUUGGGAUAUCCUGAUGAGAGGAGCACCUCGGUGUUCUCCCUGUCACACUAGUUGUACCAAUGUUCACUGUGGCAGCAACAAGAGAUGCCGAAUGAGACAUGGUCGACCAAAAUGUGUCUGUAUACCAAAUUGUCCUAGAGCGUUACGACAUUCCGGAUUGGUUUGUAGCAGUAACGGAAUAACCUUCGAUGAUGCCUGUGAAUUAAAACGACACAACUGUAGACAUGGGGAGCAUCUAACUGUAGCGUACACUGGACCUUGUAGACGGUCUUGUCGAGAUGUGAAUUGUUCGAGAAAUCUAACAUGUUUGGAGGAUCAGAAUGGAUUACCACACUGUGUACCCUGUGUUCAAAACUGUUCUCAUGUGACCAGGUCUCCACCUGAGUUGUGUGGUGAAGACGGGGUAACCUACCCUAGCCGCUGUCAUCUGUUUCAAGCUAUUUGUGCGAAAGGGAAAACGAUAAGGUUGGCUUACAAAAGUAGCUGUAUAGAAAAUGCAUCCUGCAGUACCAUCAACUGUCCAGAGAACUAUACAUGUCUAAACGACCCGAGGACGGGUCGACCACAAUGUUCCAACUGUAACCAUCUCUGUAACACAUCUACACGUGAUGUGACUGUGUGUGGUACGGAUGAUAUAACAUAUAGUAGUUAUUGUGUCAUGCAGCAAACUGCAUGUGCAUCACAAACUGUUAUCAAGACUAAAUAUUCAGGAAUAUGCAAUGGUAUGUAUGAUUAUAUUAUAUUAUAA